AGACUAUGCUCAAGUAACACCAUAUAUACCACCACUACUCAAAUAGUUUCAUUGAUAUAUAAUUUUUGAAGUCUUAGGAGAUGGGUUCUCUAAUGGCAGGUUGGGAUUCACCUAUUCAUGGUUUUAAAGCUGAGAGGAACAGAUCGUUGACGAAGGAAGAGAUUGCUGCAUUUUGGAGAUUGAAGAAGAUCGAAGAGGAAGAACUUUUCUUUCUUAAAGCUUCUUAUAGACUCUCGAAGGAAGAUAAGAAAGUUGUGUAUGAUGAUAGUGAGCCUCAUCGUCCUAGUCUCAUUGCAGAGGAAGAAAGAAUGGAACCACUUCUGAAGAAGCAUGGCUGGUGGAUCAGUAGCAACUGGGCUUUUUUAAACGAACCACCGAAUAUCUCAUCAAAGGCUGCAUACAAUUACUCUGCACAGUUCCAUGUUGCCCAUAAGCACCUCGACAACUUCAACCUCCAUCCUGCUCUUGGUACCAUUGUUGCUUAAAACCACAACCGAUCUACUACAGAAUAAUUGUUUUUCCUUAACAACAUCAAAGUCAUGUAUUGUGUGGAUUUUUUCUAAUUAUUCAUCAUUUGUGAUGUUUUCUGAUGUAAAAAUCUCAUUUUACCCACAUUUUAUAAAAGUAUAUCCAAAUUGUGUUUUUA